AACCCUUUCUAUGGAAUUACGUUUCCGUAUGUUUAAUUGAAUAAAUACUCAGUUUUGAAAUGAACUACCCAUUAUUGCAAGUAGGAUUCCUUUAGAUGCGUUAUGUGGUUAAUAGGAGUGAAGCAAUGGCAUCGCUUCAAUGGCACAACAUCGCUCCCGCAACGACACUUCCGACAGUUCAACGCCGCAGACGAAGACGACAUCAGAGCGUUCGAGUAUAUGUCCUCAGACGACCCAGGCGACUACUAUCGAAUGGCCCCAGACGAUGAAAACUACAGUGAAUAUCUUGCUCUGAGGGUAGAUCCUAACAGAAAUGCGUACUCUACUAGUAAUUAUGACUCUAGUGCAUCGUCCGCGCAGGGUUACAGCUCGCAACUUGUCGGAUCAACCGAUGGGAAUGACAUCGCCGAGUUCCGACUUGGGACAGCCGAUUACGUUCCGACGUUCGGUGGAGUUUCUAAUGCAUGUAUAGUGCAGUCAAGAGAAGAGUUUACGCCAGAAAUCAGCGAUGGUGGCACGUACACUCCAGCAGCAGCUGAUUGCAGUCAGUACUUGAUGCCAAGGAGUAGAUCAACAACAACAAAUAGACAAGAAUCCAGCCACUGCGCCGUCGAUGCAACGGAACGGCUGUCACAGCCUCAGUCUUGUAACGAAGACGAGCUACAAUUUUCUUGUCAGAGUCAACUCUUCUCAGCCCAUGACAGACUCGACAACUAUACCUCUUGCUCUUUGACAUCGCAAUUAUUUAAUACCAGUCAAUGCCCAUCAAAUUCUGGCGAUUUCUUCAGUUGUAAAUACUCAUUUCCAGGCAUUGGUAGGGAUUCUUUAGAGAACCAGAGCGGUGGAUGUCCUUCCACAGCUGUCACAAGAACAGUCUCAACGAACCAAUUAAUUACGUUCCCUCGUACCACGCCUGAAGGCCACUCACACAUUCACGAACGCCUUCCAGUCUUUAUUGAAGGCGAAAGCAGCGACAUCGAGAGUAGCGAAGCAUUGAGAAGCAGAACAAAAGAUAGCGAAGGUAUCUUGCCUACAAACGCACCUAUCAACUCGACUUCUUCUCAUUCAAAACUUAUCAACAGAACAGACGAAACGGUUGCAACCACUUCAGGAAGCUCAAUAAUAUCACGCGAGAACACUAAACCUGAUGAGGGAUCGACCGAACGCGUGGCCUUUGGUGAGAGUUCAAGCGGUCAUCUAAGAGUUUACAUUCCUGAUCUCCAUUCUACUGAAGCAGACGCGCCACAUUCAACAAUCGGCUUCACAGACUAUCCAAAUUUUUCAAGAGUGUUUAGAAACCCCGAUGAAGAAAGAAGGUUCCAGGCUUACAAGAGUAGAUACCAGCCAGGUAUGGAGAGACCAGACACCUCAAUUCGCUCUAACGAAUCUUCCGUCGAAGUUGAAAGCGCCAUAACUGCUGAAUCAUCGCGGAUAUUUGCCUCGAAUAACUCGAGAAACCCAGACAGUCGACCAUUCACUUACCACCACAGUAACUACCCAACUCGCAACUUUAGCUACUCCCCGAGAUCCACAAGCACCAACAACAUUGAUUUCGAAGCGGAGAGAUCGCAGUUUGUGAGUUUCAACGACUCCGUCCGGGUGGAGUGGUCAUAUUCCCAGCGGGACUUCCUGCGACGAGGUGCUGGGGUCCUUGGGGACUCGGUUAACCCGAAUAGGACAACGAGUGGGGCUGUUGUGGGCCCCUCGUAUCAGCAGAUAGAAGGAGUGGGCUGUGAGAGGGGUAGAGAGUGGGGUGGAAGGCCUCUGUUGGAGCAGAACGUUGCCAAAGACUGGUACAAGACGGUGGGCAUCAUCUCAUUCUCGUCAGCCUUCAUCUUCUUCGUCGCUAUUAUGAUGCAGAUGAACGGCAUGGUGGUGAAGCUGCUCUUCGGCGGCUCCCUUGCCACGGCCGCUGCCAUGGCGCUGCUCUACUGCACCAACGCCCGUAAAUCCUGCACACGAUCUACUGUUGAUGCUGCUGCUGGUGCUGUGGUGCUCAUGGUGCUCAUGGUGCUCAUGGUGCUCAUGGUGCUCAUGGUGCUCAUGAUGCUCAUGGUGCUCAUGGUGCUCAUGGUGCUCAUGGAGCUCAUGGUACUCAUGGUGCUCAUGGUGCUCAUGGUGCUCAUGGAGCUCAUGGUAGUCAUGGUGCUCAUGAUGCUCAUGGUGCUCAUGGUGCUCAUGGUGCUCAUAGUUGAAUGUCAACAACAUCAGUUGGCAGUUGAAUGUCAACAACAUCAGUUGGCAGUUGAAUGUCAACAACAUCAGUUGGCAGUUGAAUGUGUUGAGAGCCCCGCUGCUAUAGCCGAGACUCGUGAGACUUUCCUAACCGAGCGGGAAGGAGUCUUAACCAAGAAGAGCCUAUCAGACUCCCCUCCUCCGUACGAGGCUCCUCCAGAUUACCAUUCCUUGCCUCCCGAGAUCCUAAUGGACGCCUUAUCGCUCGAAGACCUCUGUCAACAUCCCCAGGUUGUCGGUGAUGGCGGCCAGAUAUCCUGUCAACAUCCCCAGGUUGUCGGUGAUGGCGACCAGAUAUCCUGUCAUCAUUCCACGGUUGUUGCUGAUGGCAUUCGGAUAUCCUCGAAUUCCAAUCGCCCCAUCCGAUCCAAAACCGCAGGCCACAAUUCCCCUCCUGAUGAGGUCCUCUGCAUCAGCCCCAAAAUCCCCUCGCCUAAGCUGAUUGUGAGGAAGAUACUCUGUGAGGGAGGAAUCGACGAGGACUUCAAGAUUCCUGUUUCGUCUGAAGAAGAAGGAAGGCUGCAAGGUACAACUUCUACUGCAACGUCAACGUUUUCUAGGGAACAUGACGCAAUUAACAUAGAUACACAGUACACGCCUGCGUUGACAUCUUCUAUUUCGUCAUAUUCUGGAGUUCAGACUAUAGAAAAUCAAGACUUACAGUGUUUACCUGUUCCAUCUUCAUCGUCUUCCUUUAAAACAGCGAUUACUGUGAAUGAAGAUGUGCAUUGUCUGUCUCUGACGUCAUCUUCUGCUUCGCCUUGCAUUGAAGUGCAGGGUGUGGCAAAUAAAUACGUUAAUAACUCCCUGGGCCAUCAGGACGAUGCAUCAACGACACAGAAAUUGACCGAGUUCCAAAAAAAGUAUUUGCUCGAAGAGACGCACAAGAGACACCACCCCUUGCCCGAUAAAAUCGAUGACCCCGACGCUGUACCGCCGGGCGCGAUGCAACCUGACCGCUCUACAAAUACAGACAGCGCGCUCAGAGAAAGCGACCGAGGGACAGAGAUCCAAACAAAACAUAUCGAUUCCGUGAUGGAAGAAAACGCCCGCGAAAAAACGGUGCCAUUACUCUGUGAAACCCAGAGACAAAGCAGGUAUUGUGUUGCCGGGGAAGACGAUCCUGUUCGGCGGGUGAGUGAAGCUGAUCGAAGAUCGAGUUCUAGUGAGCGAGCAGCGGCUCAAAAUUACGAUCAGCUUCCCUUCCCUCAGCUUGGCAACAGACGAUUGAAGUUCACUAAGAAGCUUCCCUUUUGUCAGCCGUCGUAUGUUUCGCAUCAUCCUUUUCAUCCUCAGUUGCACUCUUCAAAAUACUUCACUCAUAUGGCUCAUCAGAAAAUAUCUGAUUCAUCCAAUCAUCGUUCCUUUUUCGGGCAAUUGGCGAUUGAGUACAAUCCAGAGACGAAGCUGGAGGCUCCAUGUGGCGAUAGUUCCUCUGGAAGUAAUUCGCCAACCAAUAACUCUAUGAAAAGAAGAUAUGACCAGCAGCAGCAGCAGCAGCAG